AUAAGAUGAUAGACUCGAAAGCAAAGUAAUGAGACUAGGUGGCUUGAGAACAAAGGCUAAAAGAAUCUGCAAGGUGUAAAGUCACCAAUGGCCAAACAGGGUAUAGGAGAAGGACACUACCAAUCCAUGAAAUGAAACCUUUUAGCCUUUUUAAGUCCAAAAUUCCCAAAUGCUCUGAACCCUCCAUCAUUUUCACUAUUCCACCCCUCACCAUCUAACCCACAAGUAAAGUUAGGGAAUGCCCUCACCGUCAUCCAAAGCGCGUACUCCACACGCCCCACUCAAUCACACAUCACAUUCCACCCACUCUCCCCACAGGGGGAGGGAUGUUCCACUACAAUUCUCAUCCAUUCUUUUUAACCACAUUUGCCUAGAGAUCGAGCGUGAAAGAUUAACCACCGAAACCAAACAGGCCCCAAAACAGAGAAAGUGGUCGAAAAAAAAUAUUCUAGAGAGAGAAACCCAAGCAAUCGUCCAUGGCAGACAUGGGGCGAGAGGAGGAAGAAGAAGAAGUAAGAACCCCAUCUUCACCACCGCAAUCACAAUCAUCACAUAUGUUGAUACUAUCGAUUCUAAGCAAAAGGAGAACGUGGGUAUGUCUCUUCAUCCUGGUAUACGCCGCCCUUCUCUUCUUCUCAUGGAACCUCCUCAAGACCAUCCUCUCCUGGUAUAAUAACUCCAUGUCUUCUUCAUCUCCUCCAUCGUCGUUUGGGUGGCCGGCCCUGUACGCAUCAGUCCUGCUUGGGGUUGUCUUUGGCCUUCUUUCUAUGGUGGCCGCCCUGGCCGUGGCUGUGCCGGCCACUCUAGUCACCUGGAUCACGAUUCUGGUUCUUCUGACCUUCUGUGGGAAGCCAAGGAGGACUCUGGUGGUUGAGGGCAGGAUGAUCACUGCUGAGAUUACAGGGUUUGUGCUCAAGAUCUUGUUGAAGGAAGGGAAUGUUGUGGCUGCUAUUUGUGCCGUUUUGGGCUACUUUGCACUUGUUAGGAGGAGGGGUGAAGUUGAUCUGGAUAAAUUUGGUUGAUGGGUUUUGGGUGUUUGGUUGCCUGGAAAAUGGUGGUUUUAAUGAAAUUUUGGGGGGCCGCGGUGCGGCGCGGGGGGUUGGUGUGGCGUGGUGGAUGGAGAUUUCGAAAAGUUUGCUCUCUCUCUUGUAAUACUGAAUAUUGGGUUUUGAAAUGUAAUUUUUUUUGGGGUAUAGUUUGUAGAAUUAGUUUCCAGAUUACUCUUUCUGGGUAGGGGCUUAUGAAUGAUAAUUAUCUGUAGAACUAAAGAAGAAAGAGUUAAAUGAAAAAGCAUUUUCGUUUAUUACA